AUGGCGGCGGCGGCGGUGGCGGGGUGCUUCCCCGCUUGCUGCCGCUGCGCGUCCUCCUCCCGGUCCCGGGUGACGCCCGCGUCCACGUCGGUCGCCGCCUGCGUGCUCCAGCCGCCGCGCCGGAGGAGCAGGUCGCAGUCCCUGCCGCGCCUGUGGCUCGGGGAGGCGGCGGCGAGGAUGGCGAUGGUCAGGACGACGGCGAGGAGGGGGCGGCGGGCGUUCCGGGUGCGCGCGGGGGUGGGCGUGGAGAUCGCCAGCGCCGUGGAGGUGAUCAACGACCUGGGCUUCGACACCCUCACCUUCCUCGGCGUCACCGUCCUCGUCGUCCCCGCCUUCCGCGUCGUCAAGGCUAGCCCGAUCCUCGGCUUCUUCUGCGCCGGCGUCGUCCUCAACCAGUUCGGCCUCAUCAGGAACCUCACCGACGUCAAGCUCCUCUCCGAGUGGGGGAUCCUCUUCCUGCUGUUCGAGAUGGGGCUGGAGCUCUCCCUCUCUCGCCUCAAAGCCCUUGCCAAGUUCGCCUUCGGGAUCGGUUUGCCUCAGGUUCUUCUGUCAACGCUGGCCUUCGCGGCAUUUGAGCUUCCCCCUAAUGGUGCUAUUGGAACAAGAAUCCUGCAGUUCCUCUUUAAUUCAAGACCUGACCUGGUGAAUAUCAGGAGUGUCGACGAAGCAAUAGUGAUUGGAGCUGCCCUCUCCUUAUCUUCAUCUGCUUUUGUUCUUCAGCUUCUUGCUGAGAAAGGUGAGCUUGCAACAAGAUUUGGUUCGGCCACACUGGGAAUCCUCCUCCUCCAGGAUAUUGCCGUUGUUCCUCUCUUGGUCAUACUCCCUGUUCUAGAGAGUCAGAAUGUUGUGGAGCAAAGUGUGUGGCCUAUGCUACUAGCUGAAAGCUUAAAAGCACUGGGUGGACUUGGCAUACUUUCACUUGGAGGGAAAUAUCUCAUCAGGCGCAUCUUUGAGUUUGUUGCAGAGUCGAGGAGCUCAGAAGCAUUUGUUGCCCUCUGCCUUCUCACCGUUUCAGGAACCUCACUUCUCACCCAGUGGUUGGGCUUUAGUGACACUCUAGGUGCUUUUCUGGCUGGGGCCCUCCUUGCAGAAACAAAUUUCCGUACGCAAAUAGAAGCUGACAUAAGACCAUUCAGAGGCUUGCUCCUUGGAUUGUUCUUUGUGACAACAGGAACUUCUAUUGACAUGCAGCUUCUCAUCCGUGAGUGGCCUAAUGUUCUAUCGCUGUUGGCUGGCCUUAUUGCAAUCAAGACAUUGAUAACUACUGCAUUAGCAACAAGAGUCGGACUAACUUUUCAAGAGAGUGUAAGGAUAGGAUUGCUGCUUUCUCAAGGAGGGGAGUUUGGGUUCGUGGUAUUUUCUUUGGCAAACAGGCUUGGCGUCCUACCGCUUGAGCUGAAUAAGCUGCUCAUUAUCGUCGUUGUGCUGUCAAUGGCAUUAACUCCGUUACUGAAUGACCUUGGAAGAAAAGCAGCAGGAAUCAUUGAUGAGAGAUCUGAAACAAAAGAAGUAAAACCAGCUGAGGAGGCAAAUUAUGGUGCGACUGAACCUAUUGUCAUUCUUGGCUUUGGAGAGAUGGGACAGGUCCUUGCAAAGUUUUUGGCUGCACCAUUAUCUUUCGGGCUCGAGCGAGAUACAGAAGGAUGGCCGUAUGUCGCGUUUGAUCUAAAUCCUGCUGUUGUAAAGUCAGCCAGAAAAUCAGGAUUUCCAGUGUUAUAUGGAGAUGGUUCACGCCCCGCCGUUAUGCAAUCUGCUGGCAUAUCUUCUCCUAAAGCUGUCAUGAUCAUGUAUACCGGGAAGGAAGAAACAGUCGAGUCUGUCGACAGAUUGCGACAAGCUUUUCCUGCGGUUCCCGUGUAUGUUAGGGCUCAAGACAUGUCUCAUUUGUUGGAUCUAAGGAAAGCAGGUGCGACCGAUGUUGUUCUGGAAAAUGCUGAGACUAGCUUGCAACUCGGCUCGAUGCUUAUGAAAGGGCUGGGUGUCAUGUCUGAUGAUGUAUCUUUCCUGAGUAAGCUUGUGAGGGACUCGAUGGAGUUACAAGCUCAGGAGGCACUCAACAACGUCGAGUCUCGUGAAACUACUACCAUGGAGUCACUUCAGGUUAGGGUAUCGGACUUGGUUGAGUCCAAUGGGAACGGUUCCGGAAUGAUUCCCCGGGAGCAAUCGCUAGGUCUAAGCAGUCGUCCGGAGGUACGGGUGAUGAAAACGACUCCGGAUAAUCCCAUGCCUAAUUUGAACAACAAAAACGAAUCUGAAGACGGUGUGAAAUAUUGUCUCCUGGAAACCGCUGACGGCGAGGAAACGGUGGAGCCUCCAGCGGAAGCAAGGAGAUGA